GACACAAGCCAAUAACGCCAGUGAGAAAGGAGCUUGCCAAAGGCAGUGUACGAAGAAGGUUCUUGGGAGACUGUCAGAAAUGAGUUUUUCACUGAACUUCACCUUGCCGGCGAACACAAACUGCGGGCCCUCUCUUGGAUUAGCGGCGAGCAUCCCAUCCCUGGUGGCCACAGCCCUGCUGGUGGCUUUACUAUUUACUUUGAUUCACCGAAGAAGAAGCAGCAUUGAGGCCAUGGAGGAAAGUGACAGACCAUGUGAAAUUUCAGAAAUUGAUGACAAUCCCAAGAUAUCUGAGAAUCCUAGGAGAUCACCCACACAUGAGAAGAAUACGAUGGGAGCACAAGAAGCCCACAUAUAUGUGAAGACUGUAGCAGGAAGCGAGGAACCUGUGCAUGACCCUUACCGUCCUACUAUAGAAAUGGAAAGAAGGAGGGGAUUGUGGUGGCUUGUGCCGAGACUGAGCCUGGAAUGAUGCAGCUCAGUCAAGGAGCAGACCUGGCACUGGAACAGGGUUGAAAACCCAGGGUUUUGUACUUGGAGAGGAGAGAUGCCAAGCUGCUUCUUAAUCAAUCCAAAUUUCAUUUACAGAUCUGGAACACUUUGGGGCUGAUUUAUCUCCUUAGGGGACAUCCCCAAUAUGGUUAAUUCCAACUCUCAGACCUUGUGCUUUAGUUAGUACAUGUGACUCACCAGAUGGGGUCCUUAGAUCCUGUUCCUGCUCCCAAUGGGAAUUUGCUUUUCUUUGUCAUUUUGGGAAAGGGGCUUGGUUUCUGAGUGUCUUGCCUUCUCAUCUUUUUUUUCAUAUCCUUUUUCUCAAAAAAGCCAUCAGCUCUGACUUCCAUGGAAGUGUUGCCAAGGUCAGCCUGGUGCAAGUUGGGAUAUAAAUGAAACUUAUGCAGGAUGUAUGAGAGGAAUCAGUUAAUUGUUUCUGAAUAACUCAGGGUAGAAAUCACGUGAAGCCACACAUUCCCUGACCACAGGGAAGCACAUGGCUCAGUCAUGUCAUACUGCAGUGGAAAGAAUAUGGAUUCUUAAGUCACACCUACCACUGAGCAGCUGUACGACUUUGGAGAAGUUUUUUAACAUUUCUAAGCCUCAGUUUUUGCUUUUUUAAAGGAGGGGAAAUAUUUGCCUCAUGUCAUAAUUGAAAAGAUUAAAUAAGAAAUAAAGGGAAGUGUCUGCUACUUAGUUGCCAGUCAAAAUGUUAGUUCUCUCUCUCUGCCCUCUUCCUCCUACCUCUUCCCAUAUUGCUUGCCUGAUAAAAUAGCUAGUCACCAGCAUUUGUUCCCCAUAGUCACAGGGUCACACAAGGGAACAUUUAGGGCAAACUUUCUGCAAGGCCUGUGGUCCAAACUGUUAUCUAAAGAUGAUUCUAGGUGUUGCUGGUAGUAUGUGAAUCUU